AUGCCACACGCCGACGCAGCCAAGUUCGACAGUGGGAUAGACAAACCCACGGCGUAUGCGCAACUCCUCGACUCACUAAGUGCGCUCGUCGCCGACCAGCGGAACUGGGUUGCUAACACUGCCAACGCGGCAUCGCUGCUCUGGCAUUUGUACCAUUCCUUGCCGGCGCCGUCGUCAUCCGUCAACUGGAGCGGAUUCUACGUCCUCGAUCCCCGGGAUCCUGAUGGACAACAACUGAUCCUCGGCCCGUUCAUGGGCAAAGUAGCCUGCCAGACCAUCCGGUUUGGGAAGGGCGUCUGCGGCGCCGCAGCACAGCAGGGCCGCACGGUUCUUGUUCGAGAUGUAGACGAGUUCCCGGGCCACAUUGCCUGCGACGGCGACAGUCGAAGCGAGAUAGUGGUUCCGAUCAAAGUCGAUGGAAAGGUCGUCGGUGUCAUCGAUGUCGAUUGUGCAGAGGUCGGCGGUUUCGACGAGGCAGAUCAAACUGGUCUCGAGGCCGUUGCGGAUGUGCUGGCCAGAUCGUGCGAUUGGUAG